UCUGAGCCUUCUUCCGCACAAACCAUUAAUAUUACUGAAUGAAUUGUGAAGCAAACGGGAAAACUGAUUUUCUGCAUCACCAACUGAAUGCAUGUAGGUUCCUGUGGCAAAAAAACACAACGCCACACAUACAGUUUGUGCUAUUGUCAUUACACAGCUUGGUUUGGUGGCAUUACUAACGUACAGUGUAGUGUAAAUUAUGGUAUUAACCUGUAUUGAAAUGUAUAACAGCUUAUACGUGCAUUAAAGAUGUCUAACAGCCUGUAAGGGUGACUGACUAUCUCUGUCUAACAGCCCGCGCCCUGUAAAACACAGAGACUGUGUGCACACUGCGUGAUCAACAGAAAAGUACUAUGACCGGUGUGUGCCCUGUCUGCUGUGCUGAUGAACUAUGCAUGAACUUUAACUAAUGGGGAAGUGAAAGUUGGCUUAAGGACAAACAACCCAUAACACAUGAAUAAACUGGGAAGCACAGUUUUGAAGUCUGAGAUAAAUGUCAGUGUAGGUGAUGUGACACCAUGUCUGAACAGGUGUUUAUCAGCACUGAACAGCGUAACUGUUACGGGCGGGAUUACAAAAAGGUGAUUUUCAGUGCACUGGCAGAGCAUGGUGGGGAGUAUGGACCCUUCAACACAGACAAAACUGUGGUUUACAACACAGUGAUUACAAACCUUGGUGGUGCCUACAAUAACACUACAGGUAUCUUCAGUGCUCCUGUUGCAGGUGUUUAUUAUUUUACCUUCUUCUAUCAUGCUGGAGGAGAACAUAAAUCAGUGCUGUUGCUGUUCAAGAACUGCGACCUCAUUGCCAAGACAUCUGAUCACAAAACAAGCUCUGACACAGCUGAUAAUGGAGGAAAUGCAGUGUUCGUGCAGCUGCAGAAAGGGGACGAGGUGUAUGUGUCCCUGAAAAAAGAUUCUCAUGUUUGGGCAGACGGACGCCAUACCACCUUCAGUGGUUUUCUGGUCACUCAACUGUGAGAAUUGAUGAUUUCAGAAAGAUGAUUUUAAAAACCUGAGAUCAAUGAUGCAUCUGCUAUAUUACCAAUACAAUUUUAAUUUAAAUUAAAACAGAUGCCAAGACAAAUGAAAAAUAUCAUUAAAACAUUAGUCCAAUGAGUCUUGACUGUUUCAUGUCAUGUGACAAGAAACAUCCAAAUGUAAUGGUCCACAGAGGAUCAACCCCAUUCAUUUUGGACACUGCAUGAGCUUUCCUCUCAUACCACCCUCAGGUCUACACGUCAGUUUUGUACACGCGAUAUCACAUGUACUAUUAGGCAAUUUGGCCAAAAUCGUGCUAAAAUUGUGUCAUCUUCCCCAAAACCCAUUUGAUAUUACAUAGCCUGUGGCCUUUCCCUUUUCACCAUCCACAGGGGAAACUAAAUCAAAAUGGCCAUUUUAUUGUUGGUUCUGUCCAGCACUUGAGGGGAACAAUACAACAGCUUACAACAACCUUAGACAGGUUGGAUGUUUCCAAAUGUUUCCUUUUUACGAGAGGCUCAGUGGGGUUACCUUGGUUUUGCACUUCUGGUCAGAUGCUAACUGCAUUUCGUUGGCUAUGUACCUGAACUUGCUCAUUGACGAGAAAGUUGAAUCUAUUCUAAAAUAAUCUAAUUAAUUUCAGCAGAUAAAAUUGAAAUAUUGAAUUACUCAUCUCAGAGUGUAUGUGAGGGAAAUUCCUGUUAUAAUCAUGUUUUUUUCCAAUCUAAUUCUGCUUUUGCUAGCAUGAAUAGAUGUGUCUUAUAUAUCCACCAUGAUAUUACAAUGCUUAAGUUGUUGGGAAACUAAAUACAAGUAAACUCAUUAUAAAAGAGUUUAGCCUGGAGGGGGGGUUGAAACCUCUUCCUGUGUACAUGUGCUCUGAAUGUUGAUAAUAUAUCUGUACAACAACGGGAUGUAUGUGUGGAGCAGUUUAAGGAGUAGGUGCAGGUGGCAGAUGUUUGCGAUGUUGUGAGGUACGAAGGAUAAGAGAAGAACAAUGUCUUGACCAAGUAAAGAAAGGUCGAAUAACACCUUGAGCAAAAUCCUCUUGUUGUUGGCUCCAGUUAAUGUUAUCUCAAAGUACUAGAAGAACCGAGGAGGGACUGCCUCUCCUCAUAUCUGUGUAAUGCUGAUGAUGGCUCUUGCUUGCAAGCAAUAAAGAUUGAUUGAGAAUCUGAAUAUUGGUUCAUCUGGUAUUUGAGUACCAACUCUCACCCGCACUAGACGAGAACUGAUUUUUCAGUUUCCACGACAUUUACAUAUAAUUAAUGAGUGAAGUCUGCUGUUCGAAAUACGUAACAUCAUAUUUGAUACAAAGAUAUGCACUUACAUGUCAUCACUGUGUCCAAAUUUACAACAGUUAUAUAUACACACGUAUAUAUGGAUACACAUAUACACACAAAUUAUACAAAACAGAAUAGACAAUAUAUGCAACAUGACUGUAAUAUGCAAGUUAAAGUGCAAAGCCUUGUUGUAGUGGUGGGAAUGAGCGUAGUGCAAAGGGAGUGGUAUGGUAAUGAGACCGACAUGAAAAACUUUUGUCCAAAGUUGACCCUGAAUUAGGAACUUUUAUUAAAAAUAAAUGUA